GAAUCAGGAGCCAUACAAGAGUUCUGCCUUGAGUCGAUCUGCUAGUCAUAUCUUACCCUUUAUCUCCACCACUAGUUCCCAUUCUCGAUCGAAUUGCAGGCCUUUCGAUGUUGUCAGCCCCAAUACACCCAAAUUAUAUUUUCCCUGCACCUCCUACAACUCGAACCAAGCGUUCAGCCUCAAUCCAUGAUCACCAUCGUUCUAAAAGAUUGCAACAGCCGAAUGAUAGUAAGCGUAGAACUGCCAUCCUGUCCUUCCCUUCGCACUCGGGUAAAGCGGCUGUCGAUUGGGCUGCUAGUGGAAAGAAGAUCCUUUCGAGAAAGAAGCAAUCGCAACAACCAGACAACAGUUAUCAUCAACCGAACCGACGAAGCUUGUAUACCAGGCUGUACGCCAAACUCAAGGCGGCCACUUGCACUAGUGGCACUUCCUCCAAGUUGACAUUUGAAGAGCUUGACGCCAGCCAAGUGAUCAUCAAAAGGAAUCCAUCUUGCACCUCCCAUGGUUCCGUCAAUUCACCUGGCAAUCAUCCCUCUUUUCAACGCCGUCAAAAUAGGAAACCCCUGGUCAUGAAAGUCUACAACAGUCAAAUUAUCUAUGUGGCCGAAUGUUGUGUUCAUUGUAAUCAUAGAUGCGAAAAUAAACCGGACAACCGACUUCAGGCGCAUGAUGAACCCGAAAUCUAUGGCUUGCGAACACCCACCGCCCAAAAGUCAGUCCAAACAUUCGAUCAACUAUCACCAUCACCAAGUGCAAUCACAAAUCCAGAGAGGAAGAUUCGCCCUCAAUCUCCCCCGCCGAUACCAUGGCGGACUCGGCCGAUACCCACCAGACCGUUCAGACCGAGCGGAGAAUAUGACGAGGAGAUUGUCGAGUUGAACGUCUCCAAUCGGCUGCCUGGCCCUCUUCCGUCUUAUACCAGCCCGAACAUCGUCAACAACAACAGCAUGAUCCCUCCUUUUGCGCGCUCCAAUGAUGAAUUUGCCCGGGAUCUGCAAACCAUCUCAUCAUCUUUCCAUGACAGGCUUCAAGCUCAGGAAUGGCGCAAGAGCGAUGGCUAUACGACCCCUAGAACCAACAGACUUUGUUCGACUUUCUCUGAGCCUACUACGACUACCGCCAGUCCUGCCUUAUCAACCUCCCAGAGACUGGAAGAUAUCCUGGGCAACCAUCCUGAUUAUUCUCUCCCCACCGGCGAGAGCUACAUCUUCUCCUCUUCAAAUUCUAGGCGGCAGGAUCUGUCCAAUCAUCAUCAUCAUACUAAAACCUCUGCCAGGGUCACUUCGUUGCCUGGUCGGACUGAUAUUAUCGAACCGACAGAUUCAUUCAAAACUCGCUCCUUUCAAAUCGGCCUUCCUCUCUCUCAUCGUCUCAUUCAGUCUUGGAAUUCUUUGCCCCAUCUCCUCUCUCAAAAUAGAAGAGGUAGCACAUGUUGAUCUGAUUUUUCUUUACUCUCCUUUUUGUGGUUGUUGUUUUUGUUCAUAUCCUCUCAAUCUUUGGAUCAGCUAAAUAUUCUUUCUUCUUUGCCAA